AACCGCCUUCUUCUGUUGUUGCCGAGCAACAGAGGAAGCUUUGGCUUUGCCGUCAUCUUAUCUUCGUAAGAGGUUUGCUUACUGAUUUAAACGAUAUUUUCCUCCCUGUUGCAGAAAUGGAGGUGACGAUGGACCCAUUGUUUUUGGCGUGGAGCUACUUUAGAAGACGAAAACUUCAGCAAUGUUCGGAAAUAUGCACAAAAAUAUUACACGACAACCCCUACGAUCAGGCUGCCUGGAGCCUGAAAACGUGUUCCCUGACUGAGAUGGUGUACAUUGAUGAAAUUGAGGUUGAUCAGGAGGGGAUUGCUGAGAUGAUGCUCGAUGAGAACUCAAUUGCACAAGUUGCAAGGCCUGGAACAUCAUUGAGACUCCCUGGAACGAGUCAGGGUGGAGGUCCAACUCCAGCUGUUAGACCCAUGACACAGUCUGGACGCCCCAUCACAGGAUUUGUGAGGCCCAGCACACAAUCAGGACGCCCAGGAACAAUGGAGCAGGCAAUCAAAACCCCACGCACUGCAAGCACUGCUCGUCCUGUCACCAGUUCUUCUGGCAGAUUUGUUCGCUUGGGAACGGCUUCAAUGUUAACCAAUCCGGAUGGACCUUUUAUAAACCUGUCCAGACUAAAUCUGGCCAAAUAUUCGCAAAAGCCGAAUUUAUCAAAAACACUAUUUGAAUACAUAUUUCAUCAUGAAAAUGAUGUAAAAAAUGCUCUGGAUUUGGCUGCUCAAGCUACAGAGCACGCACAGUUUAAAGACUGGUGGUGGAAAGUUCAACUGGGAAAAUGUUAUUACAGGCUUGGUUUGUACAGAGAAGCAGAGAAACAGUUCAGAUCUGCCCUAAACCAACAGGAGGUAGUGGACACAUAUCUUUACCUUGCAAAGGUUUACCAGCGCAUGGAUCAACCAGUAACAGCUCUCAACCUCUUCAAGCAAGGCCUGGACCACUUCCCUGGAGAAGUCACCCUUUUAACCGGAGUAGCUCGCAUCCAUGAGGAGUUGAACAACAUCUCCUCAGCGACAGAGUACUACAAGGACGUCCUGAAACAGGACAACACCCACGUAGAGGCUAUAGCUUGUAUCGGCAGCAAUCACUUCUACACUGACCAGCCAGAGAUCGCCCUACGGUUCUACAGACGGCUGCUCCAGAUGGGAGUGUAUAAUUGCCAGCUGUACAACAACUUGGGCCUGUGCUGUUUCUACGCCCAGCAGUACGAUAUGGCGCUGUCCUCAUUUGAGAGGGCUCUGGGACUGGUUUGUAGCGAUGAAGAGCAAGCAGAGGUCUGGUACAACAUUGGACAUGUGGCUGUGGGAAUAGGGGACUUGACACUGGCAUAUCAGUGUUUCAAACUGGCUCUGGCAUUGAAUAACGACCAUGCAGAGGCCUACAACAAUCUGGCUGUGCUGGAGCUGCGCAAAGGUCACAUUGAACAGGCGAAAGCUUUCCUGCAAACUGCUGCAUCUCUUGCUCCUCACAUGUAUGAACCACAUUUCAAUUUUUCCAUUCUCUCUGAAAAGAUCGGAGACCUUCAGAGCAGCUACACGGCAGCCCAGAAGUCUGAAGAUGCUUUCCCUGAGCACGUUGACACACAGAAGCUUCUCAAGCAGCUUCGGCAGCACUUUGCUGUGCUAUGAAUGUCUGACACGUUUCAGGAAGUCAAAUUCAAAGAGAAAACUGUGCUGGUACAAAAUAACUAGUUAACAUGAAGUUUUUCUUUGUGUUUAUAAUCAAUGAUCCAAACAGUUUAUUAGUUUGCUGUAUUCACGUGUCAAAGUUUAAUCCAGAUCUUUUAGACCACAUCAUCUCCAUGUUGCUGUUGAAUUCUGUGCAGAAUUGUCAUAAAAAAUAAGUUUCAGUUAUUUUAAUUUCAAAUAGGUUAAUUAUUGGGCAGCAUGGUGGUGUGCUGACUAGCCCCGUUGCCACACAACGUAAGGGCCCUGGUUAAAAACCCGUCUAGGUCCCUUCUGUGUAGAGUCUUCCUGUUCUUCCCAUGCAGGCAUGGGAUCUCCCUGAACACCCCAGCCUCCCCCCACAGCCCAAAAACAUGGUUCAAAGAUUGAUUGGUGACUUUAAAUUCUCCUUUAGUUAUGUGAGUGUGUGACUGGGGACCUGCCUUGAGUGCGUCUCAUCUUUGCCCUAAAAGUAGCUGGGAUUGGCUCCAGCAACCCCUUGACCCUGCACAGGAUAAAGCGGUAAUAGAAGAUGGAUGGAUGGAUGCAUAGGUUAAAUAUUUUAUGCAGGAACAAAUGUAAAAAUUAGGCAGCUCUUGCAUAAUGUGCAAUCUAGUGUAUAGAGUUGUAAAGCUAGAACAUAUGUACAUCGUGUUAACUAAAUGCUGCAAUAAAACAAUCCAAAUAGA